ACGACAACUACAACGACAACAAGUGGCACACCCGAUUAUGUCUUAAUGGGCGCUCUAAGCUCCGCAUGAACUCAUACAAAUUUAGUGGCGAAACAUUUGGCUAUUCUGUUUACGACUGAAGCAAAAGCUGCGUUUAACUGCCGCAAGGAUUAAGUGGCACUUCAACAACGAACGCUACAAACGCUCUACAACACUCCAACACUCCAACACUAUAGCACUACACAACACAACACAACACUCCACCAUAGUGCGGCAUUGCAGCUGUUGCAACUGGGAUAAAGUUAAAGUUAGUUGGCCAAUUAUCUCCUAACUUAAAUUUCUCCGCGUUGCUAUGAAGGCAACGGCCAACAGCAGCAGCAGCAGCAGCGCCGCCAGCAGCAGCAACCACUUGGAGCCACUGGCGGCUGGCAGCAGCAGCAGCGGCAGCUGUAGCACAAAACCACGACUGCCCAAGGUCUCGUUCGCACCGCUGGACGUUGGAGGCCCCUCGGCAGCCACGUGAUACGCGAACAUGCCGCAGCACAACAUCGUUUGCGAGUGGCUGCGCACCAUCGGCCUUACGCAAUACGGCGAAAGUUUCCUCGAGAACGGUUACGAUGAGCUGGAGAUAUGCAAGCAAAUUGGUGAAAUCGAUCUCGAUGCCAUCGGCGUCGACAAUCCCUCGCAUCGCGGCAAACUGCUGAAGAGUGUGCGCACGUUGCGUGAAAAGGGCGCAGCGAUUGUGUAUGUGCUCAUCAAUGAUCCGAAGGCGAUUAGCAAUAGCAACGAGAUUCUAGCCUCCGACUGUGAUACGCCCGUUACAAUGAAGGAACUGGAGGCGGUCAUGAAGCGGCAUCUCGAGGCCGAUGGCAUUCGGUUGACAGCGCAUCCCUAUUCGACGCCGGAGGGAAAACGCGGUUAUCUGGAAGGACUUGCAGCGCACUACAGCAAACAGAUCAAUAUGCCGUAUGAGGAUGUGUUGGAUGCCAUCGAGCAGGUGCGUCUGUCCAAGUGGAAGGAGCGACAUGUUCGCAUCUCCACAGGACACACGCUCACCCGGCGUGGCGGCGUCUCAUCGAGUGGAGCGAGCAGCAGCGGUUGCAGCAGCGGGGGAAGUCGACUCGUUGGCUCCUCGGUGCUGCCGACGAGCCACAGUCAGCCACUUUAUGUGCCUGGCAAGUAUUUGCCAUCGAGUUGCCUGUCAAAUCGCGAGGAGAACGAGAUCUAUAGCUACACACAGAACGAUUUGGCCAAUCGGAUGGCCCGCAAUGCCAUCGACUCGAAGUCGGCGCUCAAUUUGAAUGGCAUGCAACACAGUUAUCCCGGCGCGCGCACCAAUUUCUUUUACGAUUUUUCGGCAACAGAAGGCCGCAACAAACACAAGCAACGACGCACGGUCUUUGCACGCUUUCUGCAGGGUCUGAGGCAAAGUGGAGACGAGCUCAACGCCACCGAGGGAAUGCAAUUAAAGACCAACGAACGCUUGAGAAGCUGCGGCACCAUGAAGCGACCGGAACCACCACAGGACUUUGAGAAGACUAUACAGCGACUAAAGACGCAGAAGGCGGCCCAAAAGAAGGCGGCAAGUGCGCCGCGGGACAUUGCGUUGCACGAACGGAACAAGGAGGUGGCCCACAGUCUGGCCAACGAGAUGCCAUUGAACAAUUAUACAAAGCAUCCCUAGGACACGGCCAUCAGCAUAGAUGCUGCAUAAGAUUUACACAUUUAACAUUUAAGCAUCAAGUGGGAUUUAAAUUAGUUGGGAUCAGGUGAUAGACACACACACACACACUUUAAGAGAACAAACAAAACAGAGAGAGCUAUACGUGUUUAAGCAAUAAUCGAGCAGUGUAAUAUGGUGAUAUUGAACAGUGUAAGAUUUAGUUUAACAACAGAGAUUAACAAGUAUAAAAGACAAGUACAGAAAACAGAAGUAAAGUAAAAAAAGUAAAUUAAAUUAAAGUAAAGUAAAGUGAAAAGAAGUAAAUGAAAAUUAAGUAAAUUAAUUUAAAGUAAAGAGAAGAAAAACAUAAUAAAGUAUAGUAAAGUUAAGUAUAAUAAAGUAAUGUAAUGAAUAAUAAAUUAACGUAAAGUAAACUGAAGUAAAGUAAAGUAAAGACAGGCUCAACAGCUACAGCAAGCAUCUAUAUCUAUACUCGUAUAACAUCGUUGAUCAAAAACUUAUAUUUUUAUUUCAUUCAUUCAAUCCAUUUUCAAAUCAAUCAAAACUUCUCCAAAAUUCACACAAAGAUACACACACACACAUAUACUGGAAACCAAACUCAAUGCGAUUCGCCAAUUCGCCCAAAAUUCAGCUUCAAUUAUUUAGACAUCGCAAUAACAAGCGGCAAGUGCAUUAGAAACUCUCUGCAAGGAAUGUUGACAGAACGCGAAAUUCCAACAAGCUUAACGCUGAAUCAACACGAGCACAAACACACCCGAUUAUACACACACACAAACACAGACACACACACACACAUACAUAGAUAGAUAUACUGAGAGCAGAGCACUCAAAAUGGCGCAAAGUUGCAGCAACCGCAGACGCUGCACAGACAAUCUGGCAAAAUGCAGCAGCAAUGGGUGAGGUUUGGUUCGCCAGGGUUUUCGGCAUUUCGAGUGCAUCGAUUUUGGUCUUUGGUUUUUCAUGCAGGCUGCAAGGAAGCUGAGGGGGAGUGACGAU